CAGUUUCACCGGCAGGAAAGAGGUCAGUCGCCCGUAAGAUCUCAAACACGCACAGAAUCAAACGCCGUGGCAGAGGGCUGCGCCAUCUAGUUCAUAGUUAAACACAAAUUUAUCUGAAUCCGUAUUCACACUGCAUCGAAUUCGAGGCGACAUCACGCUUAUUAACAAAUUAGCAAGGGACACCUUGUUGCCAAUCCCUAAUCGAGAAUAAGGGGAUUUAAAUGGGAGCUGGGUUUUGCUUGUGGUGACUGUCGCCGUCACAGCAGGAAGCGAGAGCCAAGCGGGUCGGAUGGACAAAAACAAGAGUCGCACCGAUCUGCUUGCAGCCGGGAGAAAAAGGCUUCAACAAUUCCGUCAAAAGAAGGAUGGUAAAGGCAGUAAUAAUGCUGGAAAAUCUUCAAAAAAAUCUGGCAAACCUGAGCAUCUAGAGUCUGAAACCGAUGCUGCAACUAGCGCUCCUAUGCCAAUGGCAUCGUCUCAUACUGUUGAUGAGGAGGUUGAGACUGCCACUGCUUGUAAUUUGAGUGUCACAGAAUCAUCGGGGUUGCAGUCUUUGGCAAAUUCAUCAACUCCUGAGUUUAAUGUUCCACCUGUUGAUUCAUCAUCAGUGGAUGUCGCAUAUGAGGCAAAUAUCAAAGCAGAAUUGGCUUCUAUUGUUGAGUUAGAACUUCAGAAUCAGGUAGUAGCUGAAGCUGAUUCUCAGAUGUCAGUCCAAAAUGAGGGGGGAAAUGCUCAGGAUGCUGGUACGGAAAUGGGGGAGGUUAAUUUUGAAGGUGGAGUAAUGGACGAUCAUAUCUCUACUGCAACUGUUGAUUUGUCCUCACCUGCUUCAGUUGCAGCUGCAGCGGAUGGUGCUACUAGAUUAGAAAGACAGGAUGAGGAGAGGGAAGAGUGUUUGCUUUUACCUGAGAAAAUUUUGAGUACAUCCUUGACUCUAACGAGGGAAGAUCAGGUAACAGAUGUAGGGACAAUGCAGGAUGCUGAUGGUUCUGAGGCAAACAAUUCUUUUCAAAGCUGUGCUGCUGAAAUUGAUGGUCAUGAGAAGACUCCCUUGUCUGAAGUCAGUGAGAAUGCUCAGGUUCUUUCCGGGAUUGCUCUAGGGCAGAGUGGGAGUGAGGAUGAAUCUUAUGGAGCAGACCAAGUAGGCAAGGCAGUUGAAGAAUCUUCUGUUAAGGACAUCAUGUCAGACAAUUUUUCAGCUUCUACUAAGGGCUACGAAGAUGCAACGGCAGGAAAGGUUUUGAAUAACCUGGAGGGACAGGUAUUUCCUGGUUUGAUUCAUGAAGAGGGGGAGAACAAGGGACUUCAGGAGGAGCUUAACCAAUGGCAUGCUUUUGUUGGAUCUGCACCUGUGGAUAAAAUUCAUGAAUUGUCAGUAGGAGCUCAUGAAGGAAACGCAGACAGAACACUGGGCAUCUCUCCUAUUUCUGAUGUGAACUCAAUCAACCUCGUUCAGCUGACGGAAAUUAUAAAUGGGCUUAGUGAAGAAGAGUAUCACUGUUUAGUCAAGUCUAGAAGAACUGUUUCUCAUGGAGAUCCUGUAGCCAGUGUUCUAGUUUUACAAGAUUUUGCCUUUCUAGAAUCAUUUGAGAGAGUCAAAGAAGAAUUGUUUCUGGCAAACCUAAAGAAUGAUAUACUCAAUCUGCAAAUGACAGAACAGCUGGAGCUUCAACAGGAGUCUGAUAGUCAUCGUUGUCUGUUGAUUAAUGAACUAUCUGACCUCCGAGCUUCACAUAGUGAAAUCAAUGACAAGAAUCAUCGCCUUGUAGAAGAGCUUGCUAAUUGCCAGAUUGAAUUACAUGAUGUUGUCAGCAAGAAUGUGGAACUGCAGAGCCAAUUCAAGUCUGCCCAAGCAAAGGCUGAAGCAUUUUCUGCCAGAGUCGUUGAGUUGGAGAAUAAUUUUGAAUUGUCACAAAGGGAUUCACUGGAUCUGUCCACAGAGCUAACUGACUGUAUAGGCUUGGUCACAGCUUUGCAGACAGAAAACAACGUCAUGAGUGAAACGCUUUCUUUGAUGAUUGGAGAGAAAAAUAAACUUGAGGAGGAAAAGGAGUUUCACCUUUUUGAAAGUAAAAAGCUGUCAACAGAAUUGGCUGACCUAAAGGGUUCAGCUGAAGAAUUAAGAACUGAAAAUUCUUACCUAAGUGCAAGGUUGUCUUCGGUGACUGAGGAUAGCAAUAAGACUGAAAUGGAAGCUGAGCAUCCAGCCCAUGAGAUUGGCAAGCUGUCAGCAGAAUCUGUUGAAAGUAAAGAUUUAGUGGCAAGUCUACAAUUAGAGAUUUCAAACUUAACCGGAAGCCUGGAAUUAUUAUCUGAUCAACAAAAGAAGCUUGAAGAGGACAAACAAUCUGCUGUUCUUGAGGCUCAUGUACUCUUAUCUCUGAUUGCUUCUGUUCAAGAUCAAUUAUCUGCAGAAAAGGGGGAAAGGAUGAGAUUUGAAGUUGAUCUUAAAGAAGCCACAGCGCAUCUUGAACAACUUACCGAAGAAAAUACCAUUCUUAAUAGCAGUUUGGAUGCAUGCAAGGCUAAAAUAGAAGAAAUUGGUGACAAAUACCAAGCCGAAGCAUUGCAACAACAUUGUUCAGAUUUGGAAGCAUCCAACAUUGAAUUUGCAGUUCAAUAUGAAGCUGCAAUGCAACGUCUGGGUGAUGUUCAAGAAAAGAAAAAUGAUCUUGAGGAAUUGUGCAGAGCUCUAAAGGAAGAAAACCUCUCUCGCGAAACCAAAAACACUAUAGUUUGUGCGGAGCUUGGAAAUAGCCAGUUGAAAAUUAGUCAAUUGCGCAGUGAUUUACAUGACAUGCAACAAAUUUCAAAUCACAUGGCCUCUGUUGUUGGUAGUCAGCUGGAAAAUUUGCUGAAGGAGGUGACAGAGAGGGCAACGCUACUUGAACAAGGCUGGAAUACUACCGUGGCUGAGAUUGUUGAAAUAGCUGCGAAGCUGGAUGGAGCAGUGGGAGAAGAUUUUUCCUCAACUACCGCUGCUGGCAGUUACGGUAGCACUGACAUCAAUCAUCGGUUUGCAGUUUCUGUUAAUGCAGCAGCAGAAGUGAUUGCAGAUCUUCGGAAGAAGCUUGAAACUGCUUAUGCAGAACAAGGAACAUUGAGUACUUCGUUUGAAGAAAUGAAUACAAGGUGUAAUGAGGUUCAUGGGAAGAAUGAAUUGGCUGUUGUUAUAUUGAAUAAAAUAUACCAUGACCUGGGGAAGCUUGUCCAUGAGCACUGUGGGUCUACAGAUGAAGAUAAGAUAGAUGUACAAGGUGAGCCAUUGCCUGAUCUACUGAACUAUAGCAUCUUUGAGACCGUCAUUAAAUCUCUUGGGGACAUACUGAAUAGGAGGUUGGAACUUGAGUCUAUCACGAGGGAGAUUAAGUCAGAUUUGAUGCACAAGGAAAAGGAAAUGGAGGAACUGAACAUGAAGUGUCUUGAUUUAGAUGUUGUUGGUAAGUUAGUUGAUGAAGUUGAAGGCGUGUUGGAGGUGGACGAGAUGAAGAUCAAAAUGAACAAAGCACCUCUCUCAUGUUUAGAAUCGUUAGUAACUACUCUUGUCCAGAAAACUAGAGAAGCUGAGCUCCAGGAGCACAUAGCUAAAGAAGGCUACGGAGUUAAGGUGAUGGAAUUAUCGGAUAUGCAGGAAAAGAUGCGUUAUCUAGAAACCCUUUGUGCUGAGCAUGAAAAUGAAAUACUUAUUUUGAGGGAAAGCUUACGUCAGGCUGAGGAAACCCAUGUUGCUGUAUGUUCCGAAUUGAAUGCAAAGAGUAGAGAACUUGAGCAAGCAGAACAACGGGUCUCCUCCACAAGGGAGAAACUUAGCAUAGCUGUUAGCAAGGGCAAAGGUUUGGUUGUGCAGCGGGAUGGCCUGAAACAAUCCUUGGCUGAAACAUCCAGUGAAUUGGAGAGAUGCUUGCAGGAGUUACGGCUGAAAGAUACUAUAAUUCAUGAGGUUGAAGCUAAACUUAAGACCUAUGCAGAGGCUGGUGAACGUGUGGAGGCUCUGGAAUCUGAGCUUUCAUACAUACGCAAUUCAGCCAAUGCCUUAAGAGAGUCAUUUCUUCAUAAAGAUUCAUUACUUCAGAGGAUAGAAGAGAUUUUGGAAGACCUAGAUCUGCCAGAGCAGUUUCAUUCAAGGGACCUUAUUGAGAAGAUUGAUUGGUUGGCUAGGUCGGCUGCUGGAAACUCGUUGCCUAUGAAUGAUUCAGAUCAGAAGAUUUCAGCUGAAGGAGGUUCAUUCCCUGGUGCUGGCUUUGAUGUCACGGAUGCCUGGAAAGAUGUUCAGCAACAAUCUGAUACAGGGGAAGAUUUAAGGAAAAACUUUGAGGAGUUACAGAGCAAGUUCUAUGUACUGGCUGAACAAAAUGAAAUGCUGGAGCAGUCAUUAAUGGAAAGAAAUAGACUAGUGCAGAGCUGGGAAGAGCUUGUAGACAGAAUUGAUAUGCCUUCACAUUUGCGGUCUAUGGAGACAGUUGAUAGGAUUGAGUGGUUAGGAAGAGCACUUGUUGAGGCUAAUCAUUAUAGAGAUUCUCUUCAGCUCAAGAUUGAACAAUAUGACAGCUAUUGUGGAUUGCUAAAUACUGAUCUUGAAGAAUCUCAAAGGAGAGUGUCUGCUCUCCAGGCAGAUCUCAGAGUUGUUACGUCUGAGAGGAAGCAUCUUUCUGACAGAUUGGAGUCACUGGAGCAUGAAUGUGAGAAACUAUCAUUGCAGGCAAGGGAAGCUGAACUUGGGAAUGAUAGGCUGUCUGCUGAGGUAACUGGCUUGGAGGAGAAAUUGAAGCAGAAAUCUGCCAUUGAAGAGCAAAUGCUCACCAUGGAGGGCAGGAUCAAAGAAUUGCAAGAUUUAGUCGGUGAUGCCUUACAGGAAUUUGAAACAGAAUAUUUGGUUUCUGGCAAGGAGAGUAUUGAUUCAUUAGAAGUACUGUUAAGAAAGCUCUUAGAGAAUUAUACAACUCUCUCGGCAACAAAACCAGCAUAUAAGGAUUCACAUGAUGGACAACAUACACAAGAAGCUAAUGCUGCUCUUAACCAGGGAAGAGGCCAAGAUAUUGAUGAUAAGGGAGAGACAGCUAUUGAUAGUUUGAAGAAAGAUCUGGAAGCGGCUUUUCAUGAAUUGAUGCAUGUGAAGGAGGAGAGAGAUAGGUAUUUGGACAACCAAAUAGCUUUAUCUGGUGAAGUUGAAGCUUUAACUAAAAGAGCUGAGCAGUUGCAGCAGCAGCUUGAUCAGGAGGAACAGAAGUCGGCUUCUGUUAGAGAGAAGUUAAAUGUCGCUGUCAGGAAAGGGAAGAUGCUGGUUCAACAACGAGAUGGUCUGAAGCAAACAAUUGAAGAGAUGACUAAUGAGAUAGAGCACUUGAAAUCUGAGAACAACAACUGGGAACAUGCACUUGCAGAGUUUGUAGAGAAGUUCAAACAUUUGUCCAGUUUUGCAGAUAGGCUAGGAGCUCUUGAACCUGAAACUGCAUCCAAGAGAAGUGAUCCAGUAAGCAAACUGGAAUCGAUUGGGAAGCUAUGCUCUGGUUUGCAUGCUACUGUGGCUUCUCUAGAGCAAGAGUCCAUGAAAUCUAAAAGAGCAGCAGAGCUUCUCCUGGCUGAGUUGAAUGAAGUUCAAGAGAGGAAUGAUGCCUACCAGGAGGAGCUUGCAAAAGCUACUGGUGAACUUGUUGAUAUCAGAAAGGAAAGGGAUUUAACUGAAGCCGACAAACUGGAAGCAAUUUCUCAUCUUGAAAAGUUAUCAACUUUGCACAUGGAGGAAAGCAAUAGCCAUUUUGCUGAGAUCAUGGGCUUAAAAUCUAGCUUGAACCAACUUCACAAAGGCUUCAGUGACACUGGCAAGUUAAUGGCCAACGCUUUUUUUGUGGAUUUGGAAUCUUUCCGAAGUCUAAAGGUUGGUCUUGAGUCAUGCAUGAAAGCCAAAAAUGCUGCCCCUGUCGUUGAUUUAUCUGUUACUAGAGGACAUGACAGCAUUUUAGGAAGGUCAUCUGAUGAUCAGAAGAGCUUUGUGUCUGAGGAUCCUUGGUCAGAGAUGAUUGACCAUGUUGAUGAUAAUAACCUAACGGAAAAUUCUCGUCUUCUUGGGCUUCAACUGCAAAAGUUAUUGACAGGGCUUGGUUCUAUUAAGGAAAGUAUACACACGCACUUGAGUUUGGCACAGGAACAGGGCAAAACAUUAUCUGAAAUACUGGUGAGCAUUCAAAGGGAUAUGAUAUCCCAAAGAGAGUCCUGUGAAGCCAUGAAGAAAGAAAUUAGUGAAAAAGAUGGGGAACUUAUUGUUUUACGUGAGAAUAUAGCCCACCUUUAUCAAGCAUGUGCCAAUUCGAUUGCUGUAAUUGAAUAUGGAAAAGCUGAUCUGCUUGCUAAUGAGUCAGCAUCUUCUGAUCUUGGGAUUAAUUUUCAAUCAACAACGUUUGAGGACGGAAUAGACCCUUCUAGUGGUGUGGCUCGUUUAGUAUCUGGGGAAUAUAUCAAGACUCUAGCAGAUAGGUUGCUGUUGGCUGCAAAUGAGGUUGCUAGCAUAAGAACUAAAUUCCUAGAUGCUAACCAGAAGGAAAUGAAGGCUGCCAUAACAAAUUUGCAGAGAGAACUUCAGGAGAAGGAUGUUCAAAGGGACAGGAUCUGCAUGGACCUUGUAAAUCAGAUUAAGGCUGCCGAAGGUACUGCAAACAAUUACUUUCAAGAACUUCAAUCUUCAAAGAUGCAAGAGCAAAAUUUAGUCAAACAGAUUGAUGAGAUUGAGGCUGAAAGGAAGAUACUGGAGCAGAAGGUGAAUGCUCUGCAGGAUAGGCUAGUAACAACUGGUGAAUUAGAGGAGAAAAUUAGAUGUCAGCUGGAUUUGUUGUCUGGCAAAGACCAAGAAAUUGAGGCACUAACACAAGCUCUGGAUGAGGAAGAGAUGCAGAUGGAAGAAUUGACGAAAAAGAUUCAGGAACUUGAAAAGGUUAUUCAACACAAGAAUAUGGAAAUCGAGAAUCUUGAAGCUUCUAAUGGUAAGGUUACCAAAAAGCUUUCCAUCACCGUAAGUAAGUUUGAUGAGCUUCACCACCUGUCUUCAAGCCUACUUGCGGAGGUUGAAAAUUUGCAAUCCCAACUACAAGAGCGGGAUUCUGAGAUUUCUUUCUUAAGGCAAGAGGUUACAAGAUGUACCAAUGAUCUUCUUGCGUCACAAAAUGGCAACAAGAGAAGCUCAGAUGAGAUCCUUGAGUUCUUGAUGUGGGUUGACAUGAUGGUCUCUCAAGAUGGGAUGCAUGAUAUGCUUCCUGAAGUGAACGGUAAUACUCAAGCUGAUGAAUACAAAGAGGUACUUCAUAAGAAGCUUAUCUCUUUGUUAUCAGAAAUUAAGAAUUUAAGGGCAGUUGCAGAUAGUAAGGAUGCAAUGUUGAACGUAGAAAGUAGAAAGGUAGAAGAAUUGACACACAAAGCUGAAGCUCUGCAGAAGUCUUUGCACGAGAAAGAAUCACGACUAAAUUUGCUUGAUGGUGUGGAAGAGUCUGGAGAGCAAGCUAUCACAAGAUCAGAAAUUGUGGAAGUUGAACCUGUGAUCAACAAGUGGACGGCAUCAGGGACAUCUGUAACCCCUCAAGUUCGCAGUUUGCGCAAGGGUAAUAAUGAUCAUGUUGCCAUUGCUGUAGAUGUAGACCGUGCUAGUACUAGUAGGAUGGAGGAUGAUGAAGAGGACAAAGUACAUGGAUUUAAGCCUCUCACUUCAUCAAAAAUUGUCCCGCUCCCAAGAUUUACCAGACCUUUGACUGACAUGAUUGAUGGCUUGUGGGUAUCAUGUGAUCGAGCUCUAAUGAGACAGCCUGCUUUGCGACUUGGAAUUAUGAUUUACUGGGCUAUAAUGCACACACUCCUUGCCUUUUUUGUGGUUUAAAAGGAGAAUCCCUAAUUUAGCUGAUGCUCAGUCAAGUACUGGAUUUAUAAUUGAUUGGCCAAGUUUUUUUGGUGCCUCUCUUUUAACAUUGGAUAUAUUUGAUUCCCCCCGGGGGGGCAGGAUGGAUAGGAAUUAGAUGUAAGCAUCUUUUUUCUUUUCUUCUUCGGGUUGUGGUUGUCAGACAAUUAUCUACAAAAUACUUGUUAUGAAUGAAUGAAGAUACAGAUGCUGGAAAUUGUGCAGACUGCAGACAACAUGGAAGAAAAGGCGAAUCUGGGGCAAUCUGCGAAGAGUCUGAAGCAUUUCACCUUUGAUUAAAUCACAAUGAUGAGAUUUUGGGAGCGUAGCCCAUGUUCCACAGAGAAAUCAUGGACUCAUGGGACGUACUGAUAGCAGAUUGUCUGAUGAGAUAGGUUUAGGAAGUCGCGAUUCUUUUGUUCUUUGGAUCUUUGAUUUUUGGCGUCUUUCCAUCUACUGAGCCGUAAGAAAUUUCAAAGUUGCCCAUUCUUUUUGUAUUAUCAUAUCAAUCAUAGCUUCAUUACGGAUGUUUAAAUCUAUUGAUCAUGAAUCAUUUAUACUGGUGGCGCUAUAAGUUACAUAGGCCUUUAUGACCACUGAUGCCCAGAUCCUUAAGUAAAUGUUCCCUCUAUGACUAUUUGGAACAUAACUCGGAUGACCAUAAUGCAUGUUGUCCAGUGUUA